AUGGCGCCUAACACGAACGAAACCUCGAUACAACGAGUAUCAGUAAAGGUUCCACCAUUUUGGCCCGAACGGCCAGAAAUAUGGUUCGCACAAGUGGAGGCGCAGUUCGAUAUGGGAAACAUCGUGCGAGAUCUUUCAAAGUUUAACACCAUUGUUGCAGCAAAAGAGUCCAACGUGUUAGCUCAAAUUUCAGACGCGGUGUUACAGCCACCCGACUCUGGAAAAUACGACAACCUCAAAAAGUGCAUUAUUGAACGUUUCAGUGACAGCGAACAAAAGAAAACACAGAAACUUCUUUCUGACAUGGAACUUGGUGAUCGCCGACCAAGUCAGCUAAUCAACGAGUUACGCGACUUGUCCAAGGACAAAGUUAGUGAAAAUUAUUUAAAAAUCUGA